GUUCCAAACUUAGUUUACUCACAUAAACUAUAUAAGGAACCUUGUAACUUUGAACAUAUAUUAUCGAUCAUGCCUUUUGAAUCACCAAGAUUGCCUUUACAACGACCUACAUAUGGAAACUUGAUCACGAUCUUAAGCAUCGAUGGAGGUGGAGUACGAGGAAUCAUUCCAAGCGUUAUCCUCAACUUCUUAGAAACCGAACUUCAGAAACUAGAUGGAGAGAAUGCAAGGCUUGCAGAUUAUUUUGAUGUAAUUUCUGGGACAAGCACUGGCGGCUUAGUGACAACGAUGUUAACCACCCCUAACGAAGAGAACCGUCCCUUGUUUAAAGCUAAGGAUAUAACAAACUUUUAUCUUGAACAUUGUCCGAAGAUCUUCCCACAUGAUGAUAAUCCAUUUGGUCAUGCUGAAAGAGUGAUCAAAGCUCUAUCUGGACCAAAGUACGAUGGUGUUUAUCUACAUGAGCUUGUUCAAGAACUACUAGGAAACAGACAACUCCAUGAAACAUUAACUAAUGUCGUGAUUCCAACGUUCGAUAUCAAACGCUUGCAGCCUACCAUCUUCUCAAGCUAUCAGCUGAAGAAAAACCCGAGUCUUGAUGCAUUGUUAUCGGACAUAUGCAUUGGGACAUCAGCUGCACCAACUUAUCUUCCUGCCCAUACUUUUGCAACCGUCGAUUCAGAAGGAAAUCUACUUGGGGAAUUCAAUCUUAUUGAUGGCGGGGUGUCUGCGAAUAAUCCGACUUUGGUCGCCAUAAGCGAAGUGACACAAGAGAUAACCGGAGGUAGCAUCGAUUUCUUUCCUAUUAAACCAACCGAAUAUGGGCGAUUUCUAGUACUAUCCUUAGGGACAGGCUCACCGAAAUUUGAAGAGAAGUAUGACGCUAGCAAAUCGUCUAGUUGGGGAGUUUUGGGGUGGUUGAAAAGUAGUGGCUCAACUCCAUUAAUAGAUGUAUUUACUCAGUCAAGUAGUGAUAUGGUUGAUUAUCAUCUCUCUGCUCUCUUCCAAGCCCUUCAUUCAGGAGAGAAUUACCUUCGUGUUCAGGAUGAUACUUUGAGUGGAGAUGUGGCUUCAAUGGAUCUUACAACGCGAAAGAAUUUGGAAGAUCUCGUGCAAGUUGGUGAAGAACUUUUGAAAAAACCAGUGUCGAAGGUGAAUUUGGGGACCGGCUUAAACGAACCUUAUCAUUGCACUACCAAUGAAGAAGCUCUUAUAAGGUUUGCGAAAAUACUAGCAAAGGAAAAGAACACUAGAGAACUUAGAUCCCCGGGUGUUAACGGGCAAAAGAUGCAAAAUGGAUCGACGGCAGACAAUGGUGCAAAUUCAAAGGCAAAACCAGAGCUUUCGAAUGCGAUCAGUCACUCUCUUCCAGACUUGCAUCAACUCAAAUUGUCAAGAAACUAGCUUGAUGUAUGCUUUAGUUGUGUAUUCUUAGUUAUUUCUUAUGAAUAAAUUCCAAGAAUGUAAUUGAUAAUCUCCAUCGUUUUUAUUAAUAAGCCAAGACAAAU